CUCAUUAAAAGCCUGAUGAUACAGCCCAGCUGCCGUUCAGUCCCAGCUUCCACUGGUACCCGCUCACUGACCGCCAGACCCGGACCGCCGUGCACGCGUGUCGGUGACGCGCCCUCGGGUUCCCGGUUUCUGUACCGGAGGCGGCGGCAGCAGCUGCGGCGGCUCGGUGUCUCCUCGCUGAGGCGCAGCACAACGCCUGGCUGGGAGGAAGGAGACGCGCGGAGGCUCGGUGUCCAGCUCCAGCAGCAGCGCUCACGGAUUAGCCGCCUCGUCGGAUGCUGGAUGUUCCGGAGCUGGUGUCGGGACCGGAGCCGGUUGCUGGGAUUUCUCAGAAACCAUCAUAUCCGAGGCGGGGCGGCACCGUCUGAGAAGCAAUCUGAUGACAGGGCUUCAGAGGAAGGAGAAAAGGGACUACCUGCUAUGGCCAGUGCUGAUGGUCCAGGUAAUCUAGGAGCUGAGCACAGCCCCCUGAGCGUCCCUGUUGCUGGUCAUGGAGCCUGGGCCACGGCCAUGAACAACCUGGGCAUCAUGACUGUGGGCAUCAGCGGGCAACAGCUGGUUUCAGACUCUCUGUGUAUCCCGAGAUUUGACCCCGGGCUGGGCCUGAUUGCACCAAUGAACCCAAUGAUGGCAGGCAUCAACCUGGUCCCACCUCCACCCAUUCCUGCUGACGGGCCUGUCAUUAAAGAGAUUAUCCACUGCAACAGCUGCACCCUCUUCCCCCAGAACCCCAAUCUGCCCCCUCCGUCGACACGGGAGCGCCCCCCUGGCUGUAAGACGGUGUUUGUGGGAGGUCUGCCUGAGAACGCCACGGAAGACAUUAUCAGGGAGGUUUUCGACCAGUGCGGGGAGAUCACUGCCAUCCGCAAGAGCAAGAAGAACUUCUGCCACAUUCGUUUCAGUGAGGAGUUCAUGAUUGACAAAGCUAUCUACCUGUCAGGAUACCGGAUGCGCAUCGGUUCCAGCACGGAGAAGAAGGACUCCGGAAAAAUCCACGUGGACUUCGCUCAAGCCAGAGACGACCUGUACGAGUGGGAGUGCAAGCAGCGCCUGCUGGCUCGGGAGGAGAGGCAUCGGCGGAAGGUUCACGAGGAGCGCCUGCUGCCGCCGUCUCCUCCUCCCAUAGUGCACUACUCUGAACACGAGGCGACGCUGCUAGCAGAGAAACUAAAAGACGACAACAAGUUCAGCGAGGCCACGGCUGUGCUCUUCACCUGGAUCGACCGAGGCGAAGUCAACCGCAGGUCCGCCAACCACUUCUACUCCAUGAUCCAGUCGGCAAACAGCCACGUUCGCCGGCUGAUGAGCGAGAAGGCUCUCCACGAGGAGGAGAUGGAGCGAGCCAAGGAGAUCUUCAAGAACGCCCUGAUGGCCAUUUUAACACAAUUCGAGCAGAUCACCGCCAUUUUCACGGCCGCCACCAGGCAAAAGGCAUGGGACCAUUUCUCAAAAGCGCAGCGCAAGAACAUAGACAUUUGGCGCAAGCAGUGUGAGGAGCUGAGAAACGCUCACAGCGAGGAGAUCAUGGGCAUCAGGCGGGAAGAGGAGAUGGAGAUGUCAGACGACGAUUCGGAUGAUAUUCCCAACAAGAGGAUGCGCACUGAAGAAAAUGGAGUGUGCGAUCAGACCCAGGCCUCCCUGAAGGAGGAGAACGACUCGCUGCGCUGGCAGCUGGACGCCUACAGGAACGAGGUGGAGCUUCUGAAGAAGGAGCAGGGCAGAGUCAGCCGACCAGACGACGAGCACGCCCACGGCCCCGAGGCUCAGAUCCAGCUGCUGCAGCAGAGCAUGCACAACAUGCAGCAGCAACUGCUGAGCUUACAGGAGAAACUGUCGAGUAAGGAGACGGAGCUGGAGCAGGCGAGAGAGGAGCAUCGCUACCUGGAGAUGGAGGUGCUCUCACUCAGAGACAGGCUGCUGAGCAGUAAAGGCGAGGCCGUGGAGGUAACCAACGGAGAGCUUCAUGAGAAGAGCGUGAAUGGGAGCGUUCCCUCGCUGUACCUCAGCAGAGACAGGAGGAGUGAGUACAUGAGAGGAGGAGUCGCCACGGAGAAAGAGGCUCUGCUCCUAGGCAUAAUAUCCACCUUUCUCCAUGUCCAUCCAUUUGGGGCCAACCUUGAGUAUCUGUGGUCAUACAUACAACGGCUGGACUCAAAGGUAUCUUCAGGGGAGCUGGAGCGUCUCAUGGUGCGUCUGCCCAGUAUGUUCCGUCAGGAGCUGAGUGGCGUCGGUGCAACUCUGGAGAAACGGUGGAAGUUCUGCGGCUUUGACAGUCUCAGCUCUGCGUGACGCAGGGAGCGCGCACACACAAAGUGGACGGACCUUUAGUAAAUCGUGCGUAUGUGUGUGUGUGUGUUCCCUGCUGCUGAUGCCUACGGAAAUGUGGUGAUACUCAUCUGAGCUCUGAAACCCAUGGACUAGACGAACACGGAGGCCCAGGAGAAGCUCAGGGCACUUCGGGAUUCAGACGAACUUGUGUUAGCCCCAGCAGGACGCAACGACUUUGAGGCUAAACGCUGAACAGCGGGCCUGAGGAAAAUAUCCCGGCUGUUGCCUUGACGCAUCCCUGGAACAUGAAGCCUCCCAUCAGGAACACCGUCUACAGAUGUAGAACCAAACCGGUAUACCAAAGUUGAACCUUUAGAGAUUUCCUUUGUUUGUGAACUGAUAAGAUCAUGGUGUGGUGAAGAAACUGAGUACUGUUGCCAAAUUACUGCCAGGUCUCCUGGAGAAUGAUGAGGGCAGCCCAGUUAGAUCAGAACGGGGGUUGGUCCGGGAUGGUGUUUGGACUCCGACUUUUCUCUUCGUCUUGCAAACAUUCAGAGAAACCUUGACGGCAGUCUGGUGGCGGGUUCUGAGUGUGCUGCUGGGACGUUUUCUAAUGUUAUGCCUAGCUCUUCAUCCCCUGUAGAGUCGUCUUCAAGAGUUGGGAGACUUACCCUUUUUAUUACUUGACAAGGCACUGAUCUGUCAGCUUCGUCUAUUUAUUUGUGUGAACUGUAUAAGAUCUUUGUUCUUUGAGGUUGUCCUCCUGACAGCACUCCUGCCCUGAUUCGGUGCAUUUCGCUCAUAUUGCCUUUAAUGUUGACCUUGGUGUGUGCUGAACACACCACAAAAUGACAUUAAAGACUUUUAAGGGACAUUU